AAAAGCUGCGACGACAAAAACCUCAUCAAUCCACCACCCAUCUCAACUCUCACACCCUCUCGUUCUUUACCUCCAUUCAGCCUCCUGUAGCUCCUCCUUGGUCCUCUAUCUUGCCACGCGCCGUCAUCCGUCUGCCUGGCUUAUACCUGCUUGUCCCUCCGUCCUUGGACCGACAGCCGCUUGGCUGGAUCUUUUCCUAAGACCUGAGUGCUGUGCACUGCGCGUCGUAGUUCAGCUGGGCUGUCGAAGACAUCUGCUUGACGACCUCUGUUGGUCCUCCGAGUCUCAUCUUCAGCAGCCGGCUUCUAUCGCUCUUGCAUUCACUCACUGCUGCCUUUGCUGCAUCCGUCAGUACUCGGCUAUACGCGCCUGCACUGACCUUUCUCUCUUCCGUAACGUAUCGCGCCAACUUUUCUCUUCUUGCAUUGAACCAGUGUCAUCUACCUCCUGCUUCAUCUUUGCCCAGUCUAGCCGCCGUACGCUUCUACGUACGCGCUCUGCUCAAAACGGCCUGUAGGUCUUGGUAGACAAACUCACUGCGAAACAUGGCCCAGCCACUGCAGGAACUUGCGUCCUUACUGCACUCACUCCAGAGCUUGAAGGCCCCCGGAGUGUCGAAAAGCAAAGUCGACGCCAUCACGAAACUGUGCACCUCCCAAAACCCUCACGUCGACCGCGCCCAGAUCGUCGACGUCAUUGUCCAUGCCUUCAAGAGCAGCGCGCCCACCCACAAGUUGGGUGUCAUGUAUUGUGCCGACUCCGUGAUAAGGCAGUGGAUUGCACAGGGUGGCAACAACGUCGGUGUAGAGCGCUUGACGGCACAUAUACCCUCUUUAAUGGAAGACCUGCUUGCAAGCGCACCUGAAGACCAGAAGGUCCGAAUCAUCAAGCUGAUAGACAUUUGGCUUGGCAGCAAAACUUUUGCUGCAGACAUGCUCAACAGCUACAAGCAGCGACUGAGCACAUCGACCCAAGGUAACACUAAUGACGACUGCUCAGCAUUUUCCCUUCUCUUCCGCUCAGGCACUGACUAUGCAGCUGUUCCCGGAACGCAACCCCCAGCGACUGCGAACCCCAUGAACGGACAAGCAUAUCCUCAGCAUGCCGCAGUAGCCCCGCCAACCAGCGUGAGUAUGCCAAGCGCCGUAGGCACACCUAGUACACUAUCGCAGGCUCAAUUUCAGGCGCCGAAUCUUGGAGGGUUUUCCCAACAACUAGCUACCUUACAAAGCCCGCCAGUAAACACCCAGACUGGAAACACACAGCCGCAGCCUCCUCCCGCCAUGCCGUUCGUGCAACCGCAGGCAGCGGCACCAGUAGUAAUCCCACCAACAGUAGCAAAUGUCAAUCAGGCAGCAGUAGCCCAGAACUCGCAGGCCCCACCUUUGCCUGCGCUAAAUCCGACACAAUUACAGGCCGUGCAGGCCGUAGUCUCCGCCAAUCCUAGCAUUACCGCGGAGCAGCUCAUGACCCUCCUGUCUGCCAUGGGCGUACAGAUUCCCACCGCUGCUCCUGCCUAUCCAGGGCAGGCACCUCCCCAACCGACAGCGCCAGCGUCGGUGGCUCCAGCACCCCAGAACCAGUACGGACCGCCUGGCCAAGACCCUCAGGCAUAUCAGCGCGACCGUAGUCGCUCCCCUGAUUACAAGCGUAGACGUGUGACGCCGCCGAACCGGCGCGAGAGUCCGACAUAUGGUGUAUAUGACCCCAACGCCGCGAAGAGUAGUACACCGCGUGGAGGUGGUGGUGAUGGCAAUGAGUCCGACCGCCGUGAUCGUGGUAGAGGCAAACACGGACGUGAUAACUAUCGUAAGCGAUCGCCACCGCGCGAGAGACUCGCUAGUCCGAGUUUGAUGGGCCUUGGUACGCAGCUCAACGUGUCGAAACCGUACGGAUAUGACAACACUCUGCCAAAUGGCAAGAUCAGAGUUCUGAGUCGUACGCUAUUCGUAGGAGGUGUCAGUGCCUCAGCAAGUGAGGAACAGCUCAUGGACUAUAUUGCUCGUUUCGUUCGCGUGCAGUCUUGCAUCGUUAAUCACGACAAGCGGCAUGCUUUCUUAAAGUGCAUCACUCAUCAAGAUGCCAUUAACGCUAAAGCGGCUGUGGAGCAACGGCCCGAAUCUGAAUACAGACAUCUUUUUGAGCGCAUAAAUUGGGCCGUAGGUUUUGGGCCUACGAAAUACGCGGAUUAUCAAAAAGGCGAAAGCGUUCUGCCCAUUGACGUACUCACUGAUGCGGAUCGGAAAUGGAUGAAAUCAGCCGAGUACGGCGGUACAGGAGGGCUAGAUAUCAAGACUGGCAUGGUUGUUGAAGAGCCCGACAUCGAGAUCGGCGCUGGCCCUUCCUCGAAAGCUAUUUCACGGCGUGGCGGCAAAUCCGGGUAUAGCAGCCGCAGCGGCAAUGACAAUCAUGGAGGAGGUAGCAAACGCGACCGUGGCAACCGCGGGGGACAUCAUGAUGACCAAAAGCAAGGAGGAUUCAAGCAGGAUCGCCAGCCACCGCCCGCCCCGCCAAUGGAAACACACCUGCCCGAGCCCGUAAAUAUUGGACCACCUCCGCCCGUACCGCAGUUUGGAGGACUGCCGUUCCCGAUCCCCCAAUUACCGUGAGAAACCCAUUCUCCAGCGCGUUUGUUCGGGAAUAUGUGAUGCCCAUACGUAGUGCUUGGAAAACAGAACAUACGGACGGUGAUGUAGGCUGUAAGCUGUCGCGUGCCUCCGCAGCACGCUUGGUUCAGGCGUAAAGGAUUGCGGACUGCAUAAGGCCAUACCCCCACUCGGCCGCUCCAUCUACCGUUGAUUAACAUAUUUUCUGCACAUGUAUAAGUUUUGAUCUUUGGGGAAAAGCUUCGGGCGCAAGUCGCAGGUUUGUACAUACGUAAGCUUUGUAACUCGGAGAGUCGUGUAGGAAGCUAUCUAUGACUCGAAUAGUUCGAAGGCCUGUGGAAGUCGGCAUUUAUUUACGCAGAGUGGAAUACUAUUCUUCUUUCUACUUUCAAUUCUUAUUUUUUUUUCUCGGC